AGGGAGGGAAAGGGGUCAAAAUUUUGGAAAGACGUCACACUGGAACUUUUCCUAGCUUUGCUCCAACAAAUUUUCCCGAGAAAAUUAUGACAAACCCAAACAUAAAUUUCCUUCCCAACCAGCAUAUUUCCGUCUCGCGACGCGUGGCGUGGAGAUGCAGUGUAAUUGAAAGGCCUGCGAGGGUGCCCUUUAAAUCCAGUCUGCCCUUAACACCUGCCCUUACAAACGGAAUACAACAACAAUCCCAAUUCCAUAGUUUCUUAUCCUUUCCACUCCCCCCCACCCCCCCACGCCCCCUCCUUUUUUGUAGAUUCUCCCGAGAAAAUCUCAUCUUAUUCCAUGAAAGUUAUGGCCUUGGCCCGAUCCAUGCCUCUCUUAUAUAACCCACAACUCGGCUUAACCGCACACCACCUCACUCGUCUCCACAAAAAUCUCCCUUCUAUGUCCACUACCCCACUCAGAUCUCCGGUAAUUCCCAAACACCACAAGCUUCCUAGACCCAAAUCCAUGGCCGCUUGCAUUCACACUUCCAGAACCGAACCUGCCCAGCAAAAACAACUUUCUCGCGACCCAAACAGGUCCCAGGUCGACGACCAUGUCUACAACUACGCCAAAUUCUGCCGACCCACUUUGUCCGACCUCGUUUCCUGCGUACCCAUUUCCCAGAAUCGCACGAAAACGAUACACACCCGCCCGAACCUGGAUCACCCCGAUCAGGACGAAGACGACGACGAUUUGUGGCUCAAAAUGCAAGACGAAGCCAAAUAUGACGUCGAGCUCGAACCCUUUCUCUCGAGUUUCUAUUUCGAUUCCAUCUUGUCUCACAGGUCGCUAGAAACCGCGCUUUCGAAUCAUCUCUCGAUGAAACUCAGCAAUUCGAGCCUGCCCAGUAGCACCUUGUUCGAUCUCUUCGUGAACGUGCUAUCAUCAGACCCGGAAAUAAUCAGAGCCGUGAAGGACGAUCUGAGAGCAGUCAAAGAGCGAGACGCCGCCUGCGUGAGCCACGUGCACUGCUUCUUGAAUUUCAAGGGGUUUCUUGCAUGCCAAGCUCACAGGAUCGCUCACAAGCUGUGGUCGCAGGGGAGAAAAGUCCUGGCUCUGUUGAUUCAGAACAGAGUGUCCGAGUCGUUUGCAAUGGACAUCCAUCCCGGAGCGAGGAUCGGGCGGGGGAUAUUGUUCGACCACGCCACCGGAGUGGUGAUCGGAGAGACGGCGGUGGUGGGAGACAAUGUGUCAAUUUUGCACAACGUGACAUUAGGAGGGACAGGGAAGACUUCAGGGGACAGGCACCCGAAGAUUGGAGAUGGGGUGUUGAUAGGGGCAGGCGCUUGUGUUUUGGGGAAUGUGAGGAUCGGGGAAGGGGCUAAGAUUGGAGCUGGUUCUGUGGUUUUGAAGGAAGUGCCGCCCAAGACCACUGCGGUUGGGAACCCCGCGAGGUUGGUGGGAGGGAAGGAAAACCCAAUUAAGCUUGACAAGACGCCCAGCUUUACCAUGGACCACACAUCACACAUAUCUGAGUGGUCUGAUUAUGUUAUCUAGGUAGGAUAGUACUAACAUUUCUGUUUCCUUUCAAAAUUUCACUAGUUAAUUCCAAUUGGAAUGAGGUUGGUAUGGGUUUCUUUUCUUUGAUUGAGCAGAAUUCUGAGAAUAGGAUUCAUAUAAUGGACCCGUCUUGCUGGAUUUUCGGUCGAUUGUUGUUGUUGUUGUUGAUGAGGAGGAUGAUGAUGAUGAUGAUGAUGAAGAUGAUGAUGAUGAUGAUGAUGAUUAGAAUUAGGGCUGGUUAUUUGUACUUUUAAGAGAGAAAUUGAGAUCAUUAUCGUCCCUCUUAAUUUUUUAGCAGAUUAUUAGGAAUGGAGCUCUUGUCUGUAUUUUAAGGGAGAAUGGAAGUUCUGCCAUUGGAAAAUUGAAUCCCUUUAAGCUUAUGUCAUACCCAAACAAGCUCUUGUUUUGAGAUGUGUACACGUUUUGCUUGAAUGGGAAAUAUGAUGCGCAGACCUUCCAGCUUAUAUAAUACAUGCCAUAUGGUGCAGAAGAAGAGACCUUUCAGCUCUUGUUAGGAUUGGAGUUUCUUGUCUGAAUUUCAAGGGAGAAUGGAAGUUCUCUAAUUGCAAAAUUGAAGCUCUUUUAGCUUAUAUAAUACGAGCCAAACAAGCUCUUGUUUUGAGUUGAAUUCAUGUUUUGCUUAAAUGGGAAAUAUGGUGCAUAGACCUUUCUGCUCUUGUUAGGAUUGGACCCUUUCGUCUGUAUUUUAAGGGAGGAUGGAAGUUCCCUCAUUGGCAAAUGAAGCCCUUUCAGCUUAUAUAAUACAAGCGAAACAAGCUCUUGUUUUUGAGUUGCA